CCGGCGCGAGGAUGCUUAACGCGCGACGCGAUACUGCUAGUAAAAGUACUUUAACACCUCCGAGCUUCAGGCAACGUGACAAGAUCACGAUCGCCACUGACAAUGCACCCACUACUUCUCCGGCUGUCAUUCCUUUCAGCCGCAGUCGCGAUUACGAGCUACAGCAUCAACCGGAUCGUUCCCGAGCCAUAUCUAGAUGAAGCCUUCCACAUCCCGCAAGCACUCGCCUACUGCCGCGACGCAUUCGACGUGUGGGACCCCAAACUGACCACACCCGCCGGGUUGUACCUGCUCAGCUACCCGCUGUCCUUCUUCGACGCGUGCACGCCAUCGUUCCUGCGUGCAGUAAAUGCCUUCGGCGUUGCGGUGCCACUGCCAGUGCUCAUCUACCGGAUCCAGCAAGCGAUCCACGGGCGCCGCGGUGCAUCCACUAACGCGGAUAAUGCGCAGACGGCAUUGAACGUGGCGCUGUUCCCGCUGCUGUACUUCUUCGGCGGGCUGUAUUAUACCGAUGUCUGGAGCACCAUCUUCGUGCUGGCCGCGUAUCUGGCAACGCUCAAGAGGUCCCCGUGGGCCGCCGCCGUGUUUGCCUGGCUCAGUCUGUGGUUCCGCCAGACGAAUGUGGUGUGGACGGUGUUUAUUGCGGCGGGUUGGCUGGUCACGAGGUUGCAGGAGGUGGAUGCGGGAGUGUAUAAUCCGCCGAUUUCGGCUGAGCUCGUGCUCGGAGACUUCAUCUCCACGCCGCCCUCGCUCCUCCUCGCCGCGCUCCGCAACCCCGUCGUGACCCUCAACGCCCUCGCACCGUUCUUAAUCCCACUCACCUCCUUCCUCGCCUUCCUAAUCACCAACAACUUCACCAUCGUCCUUGGCGACGCGAGCGCACACGUUGCGUCACUACACCUCCCGCAACUCCUCUACUUCACGGGCGCGGUGUCCUUCUUCAGCUGGCCGCUCCUCCUGCCCAUCCUGCCCAGUCUCCGCCCCACGCCCACCAAAGCGCUAAGCCUCACGCUCCUCGCCGCCUUCCUCGCCGCAGCAAUAAAAUACAACACGAUCUUGCACCCCUACCUGCUCGCUGACAACCGGCACUACACCUUCUACGUAUUCCGGCGGGUGCUGCUGCGACUACCAUUCUUUUUGCCGGUGCCGGCGUACGUGCUCUCGUUGUGGCUGCAGCUGCGCGCCGCGACCGCCAGCACUACGGCCGCGUGGAUGCUGCUGUUCGGCGCGGCAACGGCUGCAACAUUAGUCUCCGCCCCGCUCGUCGAGCCCAGGUAUUUCAUCACCGCGUGGACGCUGUGGAGGUGCCAUGUGAGCGUGCGUGGAAGGUGGCUGUGGGUUGAGGCCGCGUGGUAUGCGGCUGUCGGGGCGGUGACAAUCGGAGUGUUCUUGGCGAGGACGUUUGAGUGGCCCGGGGAGGAGGCGAGGAUGCGGUUUAUGUGGUAGUGCAGUGGUGGUGGGGGGUGAUAGUUAGUGAUGGAGCACGAGUGUGUAGAAUAGUAGGAUACCCUGUGCCGAGGUUGAAUAGACGCAAGUUGCAACGCGUUGAACCGCGAUCGUAUGUAGCCGUACCCGGUCCCGGU